AUGGAGGCAGUGGAACUUGAGGGAGACUUGAUUGCCUUCAGCUCUGCAAUCAGUGCCUGCGAGAAGGCCGGGCAAUGGCAGCUGGCUUUGUUGACGUUAUGUGAACUGGAAGCCCGGACUGUGCAACAGGAUGUGGUGCUUUGCAGUGCAGUCCUCAGCGCCUGUGGCAAGGGCCAACAAUGGCAGCGUGCUCUACAACUCCUCAAGGGAUUGCCACAGCGCCGGCUUCAUGGAAACGUUGUCACCUAUGGUGCUGCGAUUUCUGCCUGUGCGAAGGGGGAGCAGUGGGAAUGGGCCUUGUAUUUGUUAGCGUCCCUCGAUCAUCAGCGUCUUCAAGGAAACCUGAUCACGCAGAAUGCCGCUUUGCUGGCCUGCGAGGCUGGGGGAGCGUGGCCUCAAACCCUACAGCUGCUUCUGGAAAUUCGGACCCAGAUCCUAGAGGCAGAUCUUCUUACCUACAGCGCUGCCAUUGGGGUAGGCGAGAAGGCAUCCCGAUGGUCCCUGGGGCUUCUGUGGCUUCAGGAGCUGCAGAACAUCCGGCUAAAGCAAGACAUCAUGGCCCGCAACCCUGCCAUCGGCGCGUGUGUGGCUGGCAGCAACUGGCAGCUUACACUGAGGAUGUUUGCUCACCUUCCACAGGACCGUCUGCAGGCAAACGCUGUCACCUAUGAGGCAGCCGUGCUGGCAAGCGAGGCCGGAGGCUGCGCCGGCGCGGCCUGCAAGGCUCUGGCAGCAGCAGAGGCUGAUGCCAUGAGGGUCGGAGGAUUCCUCCACGGGCCCUGCGUGUGA